GUCUGUGUGUCUGUCUGUCUGUCAGUAUCUUCCUCUUCAUGUUUCAGAGUAUUUGUACACAGGUUGAAGUACUUCUACUGCAGUAACUUCUGAUGUUGUACUUUAAUGAAUGCAUGAAGUUACUGAAGUGAUGAGCACGUGAACGCAUCAUGAAUCAGAUGUUGGUGUGAGUACAUUUGGAGUGUUACUUUCUCUGCAGUACUCUGCAGUACUCUGCAGUACUCUGCAGUACUUCAGGAACCAUCAUCGUGGUUCUGUUCCUGGGGGGACCGGAUCUGGUUCCUCUCCGUCCUCCUGCCGAGUCAGAGGGGCGUCGACACCAGAACACAGAGCCCAGUGUGCACAGCUCUGUGCGGGGAGGAGGGGCAGUCCGCCCGGUCACUGCGCGCCUUUGUGUCCGCAGACACCUCCAAGCUCCGCAGCGGGGGGACGCGCCAACUCCCCACACAGCAGGCGGGGAAUCCCGGCUUCAUCAGCCGCCGCGCCCCGGUGGAGGAUUCGGAAGGGACGGUGCUUAAAUCAGAUCUGACUUUUGUUUUUUUGUGCGUGAAGCAGCAGAGAGGAGAAAGGAGGCGUGAGAGGGGCGUCACUGUGCGGGAAAGAAAGAAGUCUGGAGCUCCAGACGCAUAAUUGUGUCUGACAGCACCGGGCUCUGAUCCACAUGGAGGCCGGAGAAGGUGAGGGGUCCACCGGGGAGCUGUGUCCCCACCUCGGCCCUGCAGCUGCAGAGACGUCGCCUCAGAUCAGCGCGGAGAACUGCCUGGAGCUGCUGACAAAGGCGAAGAGCGGCGGCGCGGAGGGCGCGAAGGAGCGGAUCUACCGGUACAUGAGCGACCACUACCUGCAGGUGCUGCGGAGCCCCGCCGUGUACGGCCGCCUCACCGCGGGGGAGAGGGAGCACAUCCUGGCCCGGAGGAUGGAGGGGGACAAGGUGCUGGUGGUGGCCGAGACCAGCGAGGUGUGCGACCGCGGUGGGAGCCGGGAGAACAGCCGGCCGCAGAGCCCGCAGCUGCCCGCCCCGGAGGACUCGAGCCACCGGCGGGUGUUCUGCCUCCACCCGGAGCGCCGGCAGUGGGAGGUGCUGACCAGCCUGCCGGAGGAGAUCCCGGCUAAAGGCUCCGGGAUGUGCACCAUGUACAACUACCUGUUCGUGGCGGGGGGGAUGAGGACGCACGGGGACGGCCGCUCCAAAGCGUCGGACCGGGUGUUCUGCUUCAACCCGCUGACCGACACCUGGAGCCCGGUCCGCCCGCUGAGCCAGCCCCGCUGCCAGCUGCGCCUGGUCUCCAUGGACGGGUACCUGUACGCCAUCGGGGGGGAGUGUCUGUUCACGGUGGAGCGCUACGACCCGCGCGCGGACAGGUGGACUCCGGUGGCUCCGCUCCCCAAAGGCUCGUUCGCCGUGGCGCACGAGGCGACGUCCUGCGGCGGGGAGCUGUUCGUGUCCGGCGGCUCGCUCUUCUACCGCCUGCUGCGGUACGACUCCCGCCGGGACGAGUGGGAGGAGUGUCCGUUCAACGAGAGCCGGCGCCGGUCCACGGACAUGGUGGCGCACCGGAGCCUCGUGUACCGCUUCGACGUGGACCGGGAGCGCGCGGCGGUGAGCGUGUACAGGUACAACACGGUGGUGAAGGCGUGGCACGGCGGCGCGUGCUUCCCGCUCCACAACCCGCUGCCGUUCCGCUGCGCGGUGCUCGGUGACCGGAUCUACUGCGUGAACCGGAGCCACGCGCUGCAGUUCGAGGUGCGGGAGGAGCGCGAGGGCUUCCUGCCGGAGGUGCUGUCCGCGCCCGCGGAGGCCAGAGGAGCCCUGGUGCCUUUUGUCCUGUCUCUGAACCGGGACAAGUGAGCCCGGGACGAACCGGGCCAGGCCCGGGACUGAGAGCCAGGUGCCUUUUCAUCAGGACGUGUUACGUCAUUGGUCCUGUCAGCCAAUAGGAGAAGCAGAACGACUUCAUGAUGACGCGUGAAAGACGUCAGGUGGGCGUGGCUUCGCUAAAAGUUGUAAAACCCCGCCCACCCGACCUGUCACCGAACAGGUGAAACAAACACACCUGCUCACAGAGGCUCAGGUGGGGUUGGCCCCGCCCCCUGUCACACGUCAUCAUCAGUCAUUAAACAUUUGAACUGAUAAUUAAGACCUUCCUUUUUCGACUCUUCAAAAUAAAAGUCUGUACAAAAAAGACCUUUAUUUUGACAGGGCAGAGCGGUGAGUGUUUCCUCUUCCUGUGGACAGAAGUAAAUUUACACAUGUUGGGCCAUCUCCAAAUAUGGUCUCACUUCCUGUUUGUGGCUCUCAGCUCUCAUUGGUUCUCACUGAUGACGCGUCACAAAUAAACUUUUAUUUUAUAAACCAGCAUCCUCCGUCAGUGACGUGAAACACAAACUGCAGUUCCUCUAACGUCCACCUGAGGCUGGCUCCAGAAGUGAGUCAGUCUCCAUAAGUCCCCAUGUCCAAAUG